GCAGGGGAAGGCGUGACCUGCAUGGAAAAUGCCAGACAGCUCCAGCCGCACACACACAUCGGCGCGCACACGCUCGCAAAUCUCCGGACGGAGAUAAGGCGGACGGCGGAGCGUUUGGAAGGAGGCGAAGCCCUCCCCCGCGAACCAACCGGCACUCUUUCGCCUCAAACCCACCGGCAAACCCUCCCGGCGGCAAAAUGAGGUACCUCCUGACCUGGUCCUUUUGUGCCUUGUUGCUGUGCGUGGCGGAUGCCAUCGAGCUGACAGACAUGUUUGGGGAGAUUCAGUCUCCCAACUUCCCUGAUUCCUAUCCCAGUGACUCAGAAGUGACGUGGAACAUCUCUGUGCCUGACGGAUUUAAAAUCAAGCUGUACUUCAUGCAUUUUGACUUGGAGUCAUCCUACCUCUGUGAAUACGACUAUGUGAAGAUUGAAGCUGAGGACCAGGAGCUGGCAACCUUCUGCGGCCGGGAGACGACAGACACGGAGCAGGCUCCUGGCCAGCAAGUGAUCCUGUCCCCGGGGCCCUACAUGGGACUUACGUUCAGAUCUGACUUCUCCAAUGAGGAACGCUUCACCGGCUUUGAUGCCCAUUACACUGCCGUGGAUGUGGACGAGUGCCUGGAGAAGAGUGACGAGGAGCUGGCGUGUGACCACUACUGCCACAACUACAUCGGCGGGUACUACUGCUCCUGCAGGUUCGGCUACAUCCUCCACUCCGACAACAGGACCUGCAAAGUGGAGUGCAGUGACAACCUCUACACCCAGAGGAAUGGGGUGGUCACCAGCGCCGACUUCCCCAGCCCCUACCCCAAGAGCUCGGACUGCCUGUACCGCAUUGAGCUGGAGGAGGGUUUCUUCAUCACCCUGAGCUUCGAGGACAGCUUCGAUGUGGAAGACCACCCUGAGGUCACCUGUCCUUAUGACUACAUCAAGAUCAAAGCUGGCCGUAGGGAGUUUGGCCCUUUCUGUGGAGAGAAGUCCCCAGGACGCAUUGAAACCCAAACCAACAGCGUACAGAUCCUCUUCCACAGUGACAACUCGGGAGAGAACAGGGGCUGGAAGCUGUCGUACACAGCAACUGGAAACCCAUGCCCACUGGUGCAACCACCAAUCAAUGGGAAAAUCGAGCCUUCCCAAGCCAAGUACACCUUCAAAGACCAGGUUGUCAUCAGCUGCAACACCGGCUACAAAGUACUGAAGGAUAACCUGGAAAGCGACUCCUUCCAGAUCGAGUGUCUAAAGGACGGGACCUGGAGUAACAAGAUCCCUAUCUGCAAAAUUGCUGAUUGCAAAGAGCCGCUGGAGCUGGAGCAUGGCUUUGUCACCUUCUCCUCCAGGAACAACCUGACCACCUACCGAGCAGCCAUCCAGUACCACUGCCAGCACCCCUACUACCACAUGGCCCCCAACAGCACCGCCACCUACAUGUGCGAUGCAUCCGGGGUAUGGAGGAACGAGGAGCUGGGGACCAAGCUGCCAUCCUGCCGACCAGUGUGCGGCCGGCCGGCUCGCCCUCUGCCUGGGAUCAUCAAGCGCAUCAUUGGUGGGCGAAACGCAGAGCCCGGCUUCUUCCCCUGGCAGGUCCUGAUUGUGGUGGAGGACAUGUCCCGGGUGCCCAACGACAAAUGGUUUGGCAGUGGCGCCUUGCUCUCAGACUCCUGGGUGCUGACGGCUGCCCACGUGCUCCGCUCCCAGCGGCGAGACAAGACUGUCAUCCCUGUCUCCAAAGAGCACGUCACUGUCUACCUGGCCCUUCAUGACGUGAGGAACAAGAUGGAGGCUGUCAACCGGACAGUGGAGAGGAUCAUCCUCCAUGAGGACUUUGACAUCCAGAACUACAACCACGACAUUGCUCUGGUCAAGCUGAAGGAGAAGGUGACCAUGGGGAACUACGUCAUGCCUGUCUGCCUGCCCCAGUUUGAGCACGAGCUGGAGGGGCCUCACCCCAACACACUGGGGCUGGUGGCUGGCUGGGGUAUCUCCAACCCCAACAUCACAGUGGACGAGAUCAUCAGCUCGGGCAUGAGGACGCUGUCUGACAUCCUGCAGUACGUCAAACUGCCAGUGGUACUGCAUGCGGAAUGCAAGACCAGCUACGAGUCACGAUCGGGGAACUACAGCGUGACCGAGAACAUGUUCUGUGCUGGCUACUACGAAGGUGGGAAGGACACUUGCUUGGGAGACAGCGGAGGAGCCUUCGUCAUCCAGGACCCAGGAACCCGAAGGUGGGUGGCCCAAGGGCUAGUCUCAUGGGGCGGCCCAGAGGAGUGCGGCAGCAAGCAGGUGUACGGUGUGUACACCAAAGUCUCUAACUAUGUGGACUGGGUGGAGAAGAAAACAGGCUCCUCAGAGAGGUGGACAUUUCUCGACCCGGAGCUGGAGAGAUGA